UGUAAAUUGUGACCCGCCGGAUCCUUACCGAGAGCGUCUUCCGCCAUGAAGACCCACCACGGUGAAGAUUACUGCCCGUGUGAUCGUGGAAGAGCUUGCCUUCUGGCUUCUUGAGCGUAGUAACUGAUGCAUGUAGCACUUUUGACUUUUUAACACCAGUAAAAACAAUGACAGCCACCACUCCCCUGCCGGAACGAUAUUCAGCAAGUCUGACGGUGCAAUCUCCGCUUGGCUCCCGAACACACGGGCCGGGACUCAUAAUCAUAUCGCCCGCCGGCGCGCCCGCAGGUCUCGAGAUAGACCCGCAACAGACGUUUGCACAAGAAGGAUACACCGUUGCUCAUUUGAGGCUCUCGUCGGGCUACAGUAGCUUGAGAAUUCGAGAUGAAUUGAGAGAAGCUACAGAAGCUCUGGAUUUCCACGACUGCUGUAGCGAAAAGUCGCGAUAUGGUAUCAUCGUGUAUUGCCCGUCGGCCUAUCCUUAUUUGGUCGAAGCGAUCAAUGGGAAUGGAGAGAUCAAGUCGGCUGUCUUCUUUGGGGAGCUACCGAGCUCGUGUCUGAAGCCGCACACAUCUGUUCAGAGCCAAGGUUCUAAGUUCGCGUCAACUGAACACACACGUGCUCUGAACUUCUUGGGAACCUGAGUCUAUGUUUCCUUAUGAUGAGAGAAAUGGUGGAAAGCCCUCCCAGUCAUUAAUGGAAGCAGAAAUCGGAGUUAAUGCGGGUCAACUGAGACCUAUGCAUGUGGUAAUGUGCCUUUCAAGUAGUGCUGCGAUAGAGUCACUGCCACAGGGAACACUUCUCACAACUUUGAACACCCCGAUUUAUUUAAGUCGGCUAAUGUUAUAUAGUCUGCUGCUCUUGGUUAGAAAUGAAUAUAUUGACAGGUUUCGGAUUGUGUC